CAAUCAGUGUGUAAAAUAGACUCCAUUUUCUGGGUGAAAUCAGUAUUUUUUCGUUUUGCUGAAAUCACAUUUUUUCAUUAAGUUAAGUACCUAAUGAAGGUUUCUCUAUGACUUACUUGACUUAGUGUCUUAUGCCCCCUAGAUGGGGCAGAGGGCGUCCACAGUGACUCUCGAUCGCGACAAACAGUUUUCAAUAUAAGCAUUUUUAAAAUCUAGGUAUUUUUAGGUAGGUACUUCUAUGAUGAUGUGUUACCUUGACUAUGUUAUUAAAUGUGUAACUAUCAUCGAUAUCUGCAGCAUACAUGCUACUUUCAUCGUAGUCCAACUCAGAUUUUAUAUUUGAGAGCGGUGUAAUAGAUGCACAAACGUUAGCCUUAGAUAUAACCUUGUGAAAAGUUCUUCUGUCAUCUGAAAUAUAAGUGGUAGGUAUUUAGAUUCUUCUCCUGCUGGAAAUGUAGGCCUCAAGCCUACUGAAAGCUACUUUCUAAGUAAUCAUUUUGGUUGUAUUUUGUAAUUACUUACGCGCCGAAAUAGCCAUAAAAGAUGUAAUAGGUAACAGUUUUUCUUGCCUUUUCAUCAAAUCGUAUAAAAAAUUAAACCUUUGCUCCAUAGUGUGAGCAUUUUUUAUAAAACAUAAAGUAAUUAUUAAAAUAAUGCGAAUUAUCAUCAUAACUUGAAAUUUACGAGAACUUGCUACUGGAAUGCUGCAGUUAGACUGAAACAUGUUUUGUUGAAAAGAGCUUAGUGCCUUUGAUAAGCAAAAUAAAACCACUAAUUAUCAAGCAGGCUUGUUAGUAAUUAUCAGAAUUGUUAUUUUGUACCUAGCCACUUAUAAUUUCGGUCCAAUUUUAUUUUGCUUACUAUGAGCUUUCCCAGUGGUUACAGUUGUCAUAAUUAAUGAAGUCUAAUUGUUGAUUCCCAUCGUGUAUAUUAGUGAUUAUUGAAUUAAAUGAAUGCUUAAAUCAUAUUUUUCCACAGAUACAUACUAAGUUUGUUUUAUAUUUUAAAAAUAACAUUCUUCCCAGUUUACCCUUGGCAAUAAGUUAUCGAUUAAAUAGUCGGCCCUAUAAUUUUGUUGAGCAAUGUUUAAAAAAUGAGAUAGCACGGUGAAAAUGCACCGAUGUUCUUUCGUUUUUUUAAAUAUAAAUAACUAAUAAGUUCCUGAAACCGCAUACAACAUAAUUUUACUCAGUAUCUAAGCUGAUACCUACUUGCAUAGUCAUUUUUCUUGAAAAAUGAAAUUGAUGAGUCAUAUUUAUUUUUUGUUAUAUUUCUACACAUCCGCUUCAGUUGCAGCCGUGAAUGUGCUUGAGAGAUCUAGAUUUAUCAAUGAAUUCUUAGAUCGCCAUGGCCAACCUGCCUUAGUUAUUUCUGCGAUGAAUUCGCCAAUUUACGAAACUCUGCAACUGUGCAAAGAAUUAUCCAAAGGAGCAAAAUCUUUUAAAGCCAGAGCGUGUUUCGAAGGAGAAGAUAACCGAUUUAACUCGGAAUGUCCUAGGCCAGAUACUAUUGACAAACAAAACAAGAAGUAUGAUGCUAAACUACCAAUAACUGAUAAUUUCGUAUAUAUAUGUGAUUUAAAUAACAAACGAACUGUAGAGUUACUGUUGCAUGUAAGUAAAACUGUUAAAUGUCUUAUUAUUAUUUACAUAGAAUUGUUAUUUUUGCUUUGUUUUAAUAAAAAAAUACUUACAGUCUGACAGAUUUUACCGUCUUUCAAAUCCAGCAAGAUGGAUUCUAUUUUACAAUAGCUCGGGCAGCAAAAAUGACAAAAAUAUUGCAAUAUACAACGCUUCAUCAAAUAGCAAUUUACAUAAUGAAAUGGAAGAUAUCGCGUAUAUGCUUGAAGAAGUCAAUUUAGCAAUUAAUACCGAGGUCUACAUUGUAAUUGAAAAACAAAGUGAACUCAUUGUAUAUCUGGUUCACAGACGAUGGAUGAACUUGCCACUAAUUUGGGAAGAGUAUGGGACUUGGGAGCCGAUGACCGGCUUCGACAGACCUCAUCCACAAACAGUGCUGGCAUUGCGCAGACGAGACCUGCAGGGGCUGAGAGUCAACUGCACCUCUGUCAUAUUGGACAACAGAUCUCUGGGGGACAUGGUCAUGGAAGAUUAUAUGGACAGAGAUGUCGAUUCAAUGUCGAAGAUGCUGUACUACUUAGUCGUGCACCUUGUAGAGUGGGUCAACGGGACUAGAUAUCUGAGCACCACUGACUCAUGGGGAUACUUGAAGCCAGAUGGGACCUUUGAUGGGAUGGUCCAAGAGUUCUGGGAAGGAACAGCUGAUAUAGCUGGAACUGUAUUAUUUCCAAUGAAGGGACGUUUGCCGGCAGUAAACUAUAUUUCGCCACCAGCAGAGAUAAAUAUCAGGUUUAUAUUCAAGAAGCCUCCUCUAGCUUCAGUAACUAACAUCUAUUCUCUGCCAUUCUCUUCAGAAGUCUGGUUGUCAUUGGGGUUUCUGGUUUUAGUUUCUUCUAUAGCUCUCUUCUUCACCUCUUACCGUGAAAUGCAAUUUUCAAAUCGCCGUAUGACCAUUCCUCAAAGAUUAUCUCAGGGGUUUCACGAUACUUUAUGUCUAGUUUUUCAGCAAGGAACAGCUACUGAUCCUAUAUCAAUCAGCGGUCGCGAAAUCCUUUUCCUUGGUAUGCUAUCGUUCAUGUUUCUGUUCACGGCAUACUCGGCUAACAUCGUCGCGUUGCUACAAUCUGUCACGAACGACAUCAACAGCAUUGAAGCACUUCUGAAGUCCCCAUUGCGAGUUGGUGCUGAGGAUUUCGCGUACAGCCGGCAAUUCUUUUCUUUUAAUGAAAAACGUCCAAUCCAUCGGCAGUUAUGGCUGAAAAAGGGAGCGCCUCUGGGGGAAAAGUUUUUCAUUCCCACUGCUGAAGGCAUUCGUAGAGUUAGAGAGGGCAUGUUUGCAUUCCACGUGGAACCCACUGCAGGGUUCGAUCUCAUCCAAGCUACAUUCUUUGAACAUGAGAAGUGUAGUUUUGGGGUGCUCAAGUACAUUAUGAUGCCAAACCCCAUCGUAGCCACGGCGAGAGACACACACAUCAGAGAUGUCCUGAGAAUCGGAGUCCUCCGCAUCCUCGAGGGCGGCGUGCAGUCCCGCUCCAACCGGCGUCUGCUGCCGAAGCUCCCUCGCUGUCCCGACGGAAUGGCCCUCUUCACCGAGGUCAGCCUCACGGACGUGGCUCCAGGGUUCGUCUGUCUGCUGGCUCUGUAUGGAGUCGCUGUAGCGGUGUUGAUCCUGGAGGUUGCUGUUCAUUGGAGAGAAUCGCAUAAGAAAAACUUUGAAGAACAAUUUGAAGAUUUUGAAGACAAUGGUUUUUACGAAUUUAAUGAGUGAAAUAGUUUAUUAUGAAUAGUAGGAAUUAUGUUUGCGAACAUCAAUUAUUAACAUUUAUAAAAAAGUAGAUAUAGGCACAAUCAUUAUGAAAUAAUUCAUGCAUAAAAUGUAAUAAAUAG